AUGCAGGAGGAGAGAGACUUGGCGCAGGCUGUGUUAAACGCCGACACCGAGGAGGGCGGCGCAUUCAUCCCAAUUGGCGGGUGGAGUGUACGGCUGUGGUAUUAUAGAGCAGCCCGGGACCACGGCGCAUCGCUGUGCAAUGUUUCGGCUCUCCAGCACCGAUUGGCACCGGUUUUGGGGUUUGCAUCCGCCGCGGAGCCCAGCCCGUUGGGGAAGCGCAAGAGAUCACCAUGGGAGGACGAAGCCGAGGAGGGCCGAGUUGUUCGACGUCACCAGUUAAAUAUCGCAGAUAUGCGCACCACAUUGCAGCACAUAACUGGGCAGGAGGAUAUCCAGUUCCGGGGCGUCCAAGCACCGGCGUUACGCGCCAUUCAAGAUAAGGCGAAGUUAUUCCGGCGCAUGGAGUAUUCCCGCGAGCAAGUCUAUAUAUUUCGGGACCGGACAAGCCGUCCCAACGUGGUGUAUCGCGUGUGGCGGCCCGAGCUGGGUCGGCGUUCCAUGCAGUGGUUUACCAGCGAGCCGGUGCUCGUGUUUAUCCGCGAGCGAAUCCAGCGCGCCAAGGAUGGCAAGGUGGUGGUAUACGGCCAUGUGGUCGACAAGCCAUCUAUAUUACAGCGAUUUACCCGGGGCGAGGCGCGAGUAAUUACCGCCACCAGUACAUUGGGCAUGGGUGUGGAUAUCCCCAACAUUCGCAGUAUUAUCCACAUUGGAACACCGCGGUCGUUGUUGGAGUACGGGCAGGAAAGUGGGCGAGCCGGACGGGAUGGCCAGCGCAGCGAGGCGAUUAUUAUCCAGCCCAAGGGCUGGGACGAGCCCAUGCCGGAGACGCCAGAGGCCGUGGCGGAUCGCGAGUUAGUGGACGAGUAUCUCGGGGUGGCGCCUGGGGUGGGAUAUCGACGGUUUGUAUUAGACGUGUACAUGGACAAAACAGUAAAUAGCUAUACGCGCCGAUACUGUCAGGAUAUUGAUUCCACGGAGGCACUAUGUGAUGGCUGUGACGCUGAUUGGCUCGCGCAGGAGUCGGUUUGCAUGUCCCCAGACAGAUAUUCCCCGGACACCCGCAUGGACGAUCUCGCCAGCACGACAAGCCCACCACGCGAGAUAAGCGCUACGGGCAGUCCCUAUUCCCAUAGUAGUGGCGAAUUAUUUCCAUUAUCGUAUAUUAUACCGCAGAGCAUGCAAAAUAUCGCACCAAAUCCCACGCGCCGGUCCCAAUCCCAUGACAGUACUGAAUCGUUUAAAACACAGGUAAUAUCGCAUGUUAUACCGCAGAGCACGCAAAAUAUCGCCCCCAAUCCCACGCCCAAUCCCACGCCCAAUCCCACGCCCACUGUUAGUAUCGCCGAACGCCAGCGCCAACGGGUGCAAGACCAGCGCCAUGCAGCGCCCGUAUUCAACGCCAGGUGCAAGAUGCACGGCAGUGGUUAG